AUGGCUUUUUUGUUUGAAGAAGACAGAGGAUUAACAUAUACUAAGGAUCCCUACCCCCAUCUUGGUCCUGGAGUUUAUCAGAUUCCUGAACAUCAGACUAAAACUGCUUAUGCUCCUUUUCUCUCUACUGGAAAGAGAUAAGGAGAGAUGACAAAUAAAUAGAAAGCUAAAUUCCCUGGUCCUGGUUAAUAUGAAGUGUAACUCAACAUGGGAGAUUCUGGAGUACAAGCUUACAUGAAUAAAAGCACUAUAAUAGUCAAAGUUUAGGGUAAUGGAAGUAGUUGUUUUAAGAGUGGAAUAGAGAGAUUUUAAGAUGAUAAAAAUGUUAAAGAAGUAUUUAAAAUUUAUAAAUUCAGAUUCCUGGUCCUGGUCAUUAUGAUACUAUAAAUAAUAACUCUUAAAAUAAAUAAGCGUGCUUAAUACAAAAUUAAAAAUUAGACGAUAUUAGAAAUUAAAAUCUGAGAAGAAGAAUUAACUCAAUCCCUGAACCUAAAACAUAGAUAGGUAUGGUGUAUGAAGACAUUGAAACUUUGGCUUAACAUUAAAAAUUAAUUUAAGAUUAAAAAAAAUAAAAAGUUAUUGGACCAACUACUUAUGAGAUUUAAUAAUCAAAAUAAGUUAAGGGAGUAUCAUGGGACAAAAGUGCUAAACCAAGAUUUUAAUAAGAAUAAUCUACAGAUAUUGGACCUGGAAAAUAUAAUAUUACUGAUGAAAGAAAAAAGAGAAAUAAAUCACCUGCUUUUUUAUCUGAAACAGUUAGAUCUUACUAUGAUAAGUUAAUUUAUAAGACUAAUAGAGAAAUUAAUGCUGGAUUAAGAAAAUAAAUAAAUUAUAAAGAUUAAUGCUCUCCAGGACCAGGUCAAUAUAAUGAUUGCAGAGUAUCAAUAAAAGUUCAAAAAAAAGCAAAAGAAUUUUAAUUUUUUGGAUCAUCGUUAGAAAGAUUUGGAUAUAAUCAAGAUUAAACAGUUGGUCCAGGAGAUUACAGAAUUGAAGAUUCUUCAUUUGAUUAAUUAGUAAAAAAGAAAAAUUAUACAAAUGCUACAUUUUUAAGUUCUACUAGUAAAGGUGGUGAUCUAUUAAACUCUAAUGAAUAAAUACCAGGUCCAGGAGCAUAUUAUGUUUAAAAUGAUCUUUAUACAGAUAUAAUUCGUAAAUAAGAUAGAGGUAUUAGUGGAUAUUUGGGUGGAAAAGAAAAAAGAUUUUAUGAUAAACCUCCUCUUUGUAAAGCUGGACCAGGAAGUUAUGAUAUAAUUAAAGAAGAAAAAAAGAGAUCUGUAAGUUCUUGUUUUAAAUCAUCAUCUAAAAGAGAUGUUCUAAACAGAAGUUGUGGUCCUGAUAUUGGACAAUAUAAAUUGGAUUAGGAGACUAUUGGAUAUAGAAUAUAAAAGUAAUUAAAAUUUUUAAAGAAUCUAUAAAAAAUUGAUGUCUAAAAGCCUGGUUUUUAUUGUGCCGAACCCAGAUUUAAAGAAAAUUAAGAAGUAAUCUAAAAUAUAUCCUUUACAGAACAAAAUUAAUAUAGCUCUGGAACUGUAAAAUAAAUUACUGCUCCAUUUAAAUCAUAACAACCUCGACUAGGAUAUAUUAAUAGAUAGUUUACACCUGGGGUUGGUAAAUAUUAGGUAGAAUCUAAAAAUUGGAAGAUUAAUAGUUUUAAUACUCACUACAAUAAACUAUUAUCGGACUCAUGA